UGUACAGCCCCACCAAUGGAAGAAUGUCCUGUAACCAUGGCUACUCCUUCCGAUAUCCCGAGAACUGCACCUUCAUCUGUAACCAUGGUUACCACCUGUCUGCCGGCAGUACCAGCCGAACCUGCCAGGCGGAUCGCACGUGGUCGGGCAGCGCCGCCAGAUGCAUGGGCAAUGAAUGGCGGCAAGUCUUUGCGACCGUGAAAGGGACCGGACAGAAGGCUGUCGACGCCUGGAGAGCUGGCGCGGGUGCAAGCGUCUUACACGACAAGAGCCCUUUGGUGGAGCAGUGGGGAUCGCUUGGCAUCAAACUGGUAAAAGUUGUACUGGAAACUUAUGGCGAAGAGGACUUGGAGAUGAUCUUCAACGGAGAAAACACGGACAAGUACAGCUGGUUCUCCCAGUCCCGUUUGCUCUCCUCCCCGUGGAGCGACAUUCACACUGAGCCGAAAAACUUCUUCUCACUUGCAGGAGAGGUUGGUCGCAAGAGAACAUUUUUCAUCAAUCGGAGCUAUAACGGCUGUCCCCUCGACUUUGGUUGGCUUGUGUUGGCAGAGGCCGGCACCGUUUGUACAUGGGAGCUGGCGCCUCCAGACCAGCAACCCUACAUUCUGUUUUCCAGAAAAACUACGUACGUGAACUGGAACAAUGGGCCUAAUGUUGGAGAAGCAGAUCGUAUGGUCAUUUACAUCAAGAAAGGUUGUCCAGACGGGUACGUUUACUACCAGCCCAACCAACUGUGCUACAAGGCCUUCAACCAGCGGAGUAACUACACAAGUGCAGUUGCAACGUGUUCCUCUGACGGUGGAACUCUCGCCAUGCCCCGUGAUGCGGGCAUCAACGCGUUCCUCAUCAACCUGAAGAACGCUGUGGAUGACACCGCCAAGUUCUGGUUCGGAAUGACUGACCGCGUCACAGAAGGCAGAUGGGUAUGGGCUGAUGGUGUUGCUCUAAGUCUCGGACAUUUCAACCGGUGGAGUCCAGGACAACCCAACAACGCGUUCGGCAAUGAGAACUGUGCACAUUACUGGACAGAAAGAGGGGACAUGUGGAACGAUCUUUCGUGUUCUGACCCCACUCCGAAGUUCAUUUGUCAAGUCGCAAGUUAAAGUAUCUUGCGUUUUGACAACUUUUGUCUCAUAUGCAUGUACAGAUCAUCUACAGAAAAUGGAUCAAUUAAUACUGUAACACACGUUUGUUUGUUUGAAGCUUUGUUUAGUCAUGAGGCAAAUUGACCCACAGGCCGCUUUUCAUUGAGGUCAUGUUUUCCUUAAUUUUGUUAGAGUCCUAAUACGUAUUGUUUUCAAAAUAUAUGGCACAAAAUACGUAAGAGUGAAAGCUGACACAUGAUUCGAUUCCUUACU